UAAGACAACUCACCCUCUCUACCCUCUUUAUCAUCUCUAUCCUAUGUUAACAUGACUCAGCCCCCAACUUCUAUUUCCUCUCUCUCUCUCUCUCUUUUCUUUCUCCUUCUUCUUCAAUGGCAAUCAUAUGCGCUUCCUAUAGUAUUAUCAUUCCACGUGUCCAAAGAAAGAAGAACGCAGGCAGAGCUCUCACGGUUCACAACAGCAACAUACAACCGAUCAAAGUAUCAGCAUCUUUAAUCAAAGCACCCUUGGCCAUCAAGGUUUUCGAGGAUCAGGCGAAGGGGAUAGUCUGCUACAGAGACAGCAAGGGGGAGCUCAUCUGCGAGGGAUACGACGAAGGCCCCCGGUUAAUCCCACACCCAUCACACAAGACUUAUCAUCAGAGGUGUGGAGAACUACAGAUUCCGGAUUUUCUAACACAAAGAUGGUUCCAAAUCCUUCAAGAUCAGAACUAAUGACAGUCUCCGAUAGAUUUGGUGUAAUAUAAGAAGAAAAAAAAAGAAAGAGAAGGGUUCCGCUAGCUAGGGUUGUUGUCCAUGUUGUAUGCUGGUUGGUUUCUCCUAUAUAAUGCAUGAGAAACUCGUCAGCUUUCUCCUCACAAUGUGUAAUUAUAAGGAUUUACGAUCAUAUGUAAUGCUAAUGCCUUUUUUAUUUCUCUUA